CAGUCUUUAUCAACAGAAAACGCUGCAAACCCUUUUUAAGUAAAAUAUGAAUCGAUAUCAUCUUCUUCUCUCUCAGUUACACGAUUCCUACAUUUAGGCUUCUUGUUUUGCUCUGAAUCUGUCUGCCGUCAAAUCCAACGGUUGUGAUUUCACGGAAGAAUUACCGCUCUUAUUGGGUAGAUCCAAAGGAUGGUGAAUUGGCGAGGUUUCCAAGUUUGAGGCUUUAAGCUGAAGUUGCUUCUAAGAUGGCUAACCACCAGUUUGAUCGAGAUCGAGAUCGAGAUCAGUCAAGGGCUAAAUGGAUGGCAGCAUCUACUAAGAUAUUUGCAGAUUUGUUGGUUGAGCAGAUUCAGCAAGGGAAUCGAUUCAACAAUGUAUUCAGCAAGAAAGCAUGGAAAUGCAUAAAAGAUGAAUUUCAUAAACAGACUGGUCUUAAAUUUGAUCGGCAACAGCUAAAGAAUCACCUUGAUGUUCUUAGGAAGAGAUAUAACCAUGUCAGGGCACUUCUUGAGCACGCUGGUUUCAGCUGGGAUGAUGCUAAUUGCAUGGUUGUAGCCGAAGAGGAUGUUUGGUUAAAACAUAUUGAGGCACAUCCUGCAACUGAGUCCAUCAAGAGGAAUGGGUGUCCUAUAUAUAAGCAGCUAUGCAUCAUAUUCAGUGAAUCUGGAAGUGAUGAUAAAUGUGCUCUUUCCGAUUCAGUAAAAGCCAUGCACGAGGUAGUCCAAGAACAAUCUAGAGCAAAGUGGACUACAUCUCUGGAGAAGGUCUUCGUAAACUUGAUGCUUGAGCAGGUUUUGCAAGGAAACAGAUCAAACAAUGCUUUUACCAAGAAAGCAUGGAAGUGGAUCAGUGAAGAAUUCAGUAGGAAAACCAGGGUAAGGUUUGACAAGCAACAGCUGAAAAAUCGUUACAGUGUGUUGAGGAGAUUCUAUAGCGGUAUAAAAUGGCUUCUUGGGCAGAACGGUUUUAGUUGGGAAAAUUCUCACUGCACAGUAGUUGCUGAGAAAGAAGUGUGGGACAAAUAUAUAAAGGAGCAUCCUGAGAUGGAAGCAAUAAGAGGCAAGGAAUGUCCUGUAUUUGAACACUUGGAUAAAAUAUUUUCAGACCCGUGUGGCGAUGGAAAAUUUGCUCUCUCUGAUCAACAAACAGCUGAUACUAAGGUGGAGAUGGAUAUGGAUAGUGUACCUAGUGAAGAUCAGUCGAAGCAAGAUCAAUCAAGGGCAAAGUGGACGGCAUCCUUGGAUAAGACAUUUGUAGACUUGUUGAUUGAGCAGACACAACAAAGUAGUGUUUCCAAUAAGAGGGCUUGGAAGUGCAUAAGGGAAGAAUUCAAUAGGCGAACUGGUUUGGAAUUCGAUGAGCAGCAGUUGAGGAAUCAUCAAAGUGUACUUAGGAGGUUGUAUAAUAAUAUUAAGUCGCUUCUUGAUCAAAAUGGCUUCAGUUGGAAUGACCCCCUGCACAUGGUCAUCGCUAACGAUGAAGUGUGGAAUAGUUACAUUAAGGCACAUCCUGAGGCAGACACGAUCAGGGGAAAAGAAUGUGCAAUAUUCAAACAGUUAUGUACGCUAUUCUCCCAGCCGGACGUUGAAGGGAGAGAUGUUCAGUCUAGCCGCGACAUUGAACCAGAACAAGAUAGGGUUGAAGGGAGACAAGUUCAACCAACCCGCAACACUGAGUUAGAUCAAGAUAUUAUCUCAAUGGGUACUCCUGAAGUUGCUAGCAUUGCAGCGGAACCCAUAGCAUACGAAGGAUCCUCGCAGUCGGCAGAAGAGGGUAACAAAUCAGAUGGUCGAAACAAGCGCCGGAAUGUUGAACCAACCAGUUCACGCCGUGUUAAGAGAAUCCAUACGAGAACCAGUCGUCCUGCCAGAGUCGACGUGGAGAUAACUUCCCAGACAGAAAAAAGGGUUGCUGCAUUGCCCCAUUUUUCUAACCAAUUUUCAAUAUCUAACUGCAUCAAAGUUCUGAACGGGAUGCAGGGGAUUGAUCAAUAUCUUUAUCUGGCUGCUUCUGAUCUCUUCCUAGAGCCUGACAAGAGAGAGACAUUCAUAUCCAUCAAAAGUGAUUUUAGAUUGGCCUGGCUUAAGGCGAAGUGUUUGAAUGAGUGUGAGCAUGAGAGUCAGGGCCCAGUAUUGGGCUUGUUUUUGUUAAGCCCAACGAGCCUUAAAAUUGGGCAAAAAGAUUGCGGUGAGCGUGGAUCGAACACGCGACCUUCAGAUCUUCAGUCUGACGCUCUCCCAACUGAGCUAUCCCCGCUUGAAAUGGAUGGUGAAGCCAGUCAGCAACACAAGCCAGAACGUUCGAGAAUGAGGUGGACGGCAUCCCUUGAUAAAAUAUUUGCAGACUUGGUAGUCAAGCAGAUUCAACUGGGGAACAGGCCGAACAAUAUCUUUGAUAAGAAAACGUGGAAUCAUAUACGUGAAGAGUUCAAUAAGCAGACAGAUCUUAACUUCAAUAACAAUCAGUUAAGAAAGCACCUUGAUGUACUCCGUACGCGUUUCAAUAAUCUGAAGACAGCUUUUGUUCAAAAUGACUUUGCCAUGGAUGACUCUUGUUUUCUCGGAUUUGAUCUAUGGGAUGACAUUGCGGCACAGGCUCGGUCUGAGACAAUAAAAGUCAAGGACUGUCCGAUAUAUGAUCAGCUAUGCACAAUAUUCACAGAUACAUCAGCUGAGGGUAAGUACGCCCAGUCAAGUCAUUUUGAAGGCAUGGACAAAGCUGUUUGCGAUGACACAGUUGGAUUGAAUCCAUCUCUGGAGGGUGAAACUACUCGUUCCGAGGAUCCUUCAUUGCCAAAAGAAAAGGUGGCGAAGAAUUUAGCGGAGAGAAAAAGGAAACGAGCUGAAUCACACACUUCUUUAAGUGAAAGUGUAAUCAAUCAAGAAACAAUUGAAGCCAUGGGAAAAGCAAUGAUGGAGAUGGUUGCUGCUUCAAAGUCAACAACAACAGUAGCAACAAAACCUAGUGAUGAGAAAUUUUCUAUAACUAAUUGCAUCAAAGCCUUGGAUGCGAUAGAAGGCAUCGAUCAGCAGCUCUAUUUUGCUGCUUUGGACCUUUUUGAGGACCCCAACUCAAGGGAAACUUUCAUUUCUCUACAAGGCAAUGACAUAAGGCUGCCAUGGUUGCAAGGAAAGAUCGGUAAAUCUGCUGCUGCUUAUAAGUAGUUAGGGGAUGGCUUUGUUGCUGUUUUGAAAUUGUAGUCAUCUUCUUUGCCUAGUAGUUUAGUUUAAUGAGCAAGUUUAUUUAUA